AUGAGCGUUGCAAAUAUACUUUUGCAAAGAGAUAGUAAACUUGAUGCACAAGGAAAGAAUGAUAUUUCUCCUUUACAUUUGGCUUGCCAUUAUGAUCAUCCAAAUGUUGCAAAUCUUUUGUUAGAAAAAGGAGCAUCCCCUCAUUUAGCUUCUCAAAAUGGACAUACUCCUCUACAUAUUGCUGCACGUAAAAAUCAGAUGGAUAUUGCUUCUACCCUCUUGGAGAACGGAGCAAACGCGAAUGCUGAAUCCAAAGCAGGAUUUACACCAUUGCAUUUAAGCGCACAAAAAGGACAUUAUGAUAUGACGAAUCUGUUAAUCGAGCAUGGAGCUGAUCCAAAUCAUAAAUCAAAGAAUGGUCUCACCGCACUGCACUUGUGUGCUCAAGAAGAUUUUAUCAAAGUGGCUUCUAUACUUGUGAAAAAUGGUGCAAACGUUGAAAGCGAAACCGAAACUGGUUACCGGCCAAUACAUGUCGCGGCACAUUUCGGGAAUCUUUCGAUGAUUAGAUUUCUUUUAAAACACAAUGCAACCAUCGACGUAAAAACUAAUCAAAAUUACACUCCGUUGCAUCAAGCUGCUCAACAAGGCCAUGCACAUAUUGUUAGUGCAUUGUUAGAAGGAAAUGCUUCGCAUAAAGCUCGAACGAAUGAUGGAUUGACUGCAUUAAAUAUAGCUCAAAAAUUAGGAUAUAUAUCUGUAAUGGAGGUAUUGAAGGGAUUGUCUUAUGAUACCUUGGCGCCUGAUAAUAAAAAUUGGGACGAGAAGUACAAAGUUAUCGCACCUGAAAGUUUGCAAGAGACUAGUUUUAUGUCUGAUUCUGACGAUGAAGGAGGUUCAGAUGCAUUGAUCAGCGAGCAGCCGUAUCGAUACCUUACAGCAGAUUUGAUGAAAAGUUUAAGAGAUGAUUCAUUGCCUAUUGAUGUUACCCGGGAUGAUCCAAUACAUAGACAAGUUACAAAAGAAGAAAAACAGGAUUUCACUCAAAGCAAUAAUUAUUGUCUAGCAGAAAACUUUGAUACUGAUGGAUUUAAUUUGGGAUUUUUAGUAAGUUUCUUGGUGGACGCACGGGGAGGUGCUAUGAAAGGAUGCAGACACAGCGGUGUACGUAUCAUUGUGCCACCGCGUAGAGCAACAAUGCCGAUUCGCGUUACAUGUAGAUUGAUAAAACCUAAUAAAGUUGCAAAUCCUCCUCCUUUAAUGGAGGGAGAGGCUUUAGCAACUCGUAUCAUAGAAAUGGGACCAAUUGGUGCUACGUUUCUAGGCCCAGUUUUAAUCGAUAUACCACAUUUCGCGUCUAUUCGAGGAAAGGAGAGAGAGAUCAUUAUUCUUAGAAGUGAUAAUGGUGAAACGUGGAAAGAACACGAUAAUUCUGCUGAUAAUGACACCACUCUGUUAAACACUCCAUAUGAUCCUCAAAUGAGCGCUACUCAUUCUGGCAGAAUUACCCGUAUAAUAACAACCGAUUUUCCCCAAUACUUUGCUAUUAUCACGAGAAUCAAACAGGAGGUUCACGUGAUUGGUGCCGAGGGUGGAAUUUUAACAUCGAGUGUGGCCAACGACGUCCAAGCAGUCUUUCCACCAGGAGCAUUGACAAAGAAGAUUAAAGUUGGAUUACAAGCUCACGUCAUUCCUGCAGAGCUUACAGCAAAGUUACUAGGAAAUUGCGUAGCUGUUUCACCUGUAAUAACGAUCGAGCCGAGAAGACGAAAGUUUCAUAAACCAAUCACUCUUACGAUACCUGUACCACAAGCAGCGAAUAAAGGGAUGAUUAAUCAAUAUGGUGGUGAAACACCAACAUUAAGACUUUUAUGUAGUAUUGCAGGUGGAACCAGUGAGUCACAAUGGGAGGAUGUUACUGGGUCGACACCAUUAACUUUUAUGAACGAUACAGUGUCCUUUACCACAACUGUAUCCGCUCGAUUCUGGUUAAUGGAUUGCCGAAAUAUAGGCGCAGUUCCAAAAAUGGCAACCGAAUUAUAUGAAGAAUCGUUAUUUGUGCCAUAUAUUACAAAUUUUAUAAUAUAUUCGAAACGAAUGGAUGUGCUUGAAGCAACAUUAAGGGUGUUAUGCAUGACCGAUGGAAAAGAAGGAAUGCACACUUUGGAAAGGCAAGAGGAAUUUAUCGAAAUUGUAAAAAGCCGCGAUGUCGAAGCACUCGAUGGGAAAGAUCUUUAUAUCGAAUUCAGUGGAAAUUUAGUACCUGUGACGAAAUCGGGAGUACAAUUGAAAUUUACUUUUAAAGCUUUUCGUCAGAAUCGUUUAUCUUUUCACGUGAAAGUGAAAGAUCCGUUGUUGGAUCCGGUUGCUAGGAUGCUGUUUAUGCGAGAACCGAAAGUAGCGAAAGGAGAACCGCCUCAACAACCAAUUUGCGUGUUGAAUAUUGUUCUUCCAGAAAUUAUAACUAAAGUUGAAGUACAAAAGAAAUUGAAAGAUUAUGAAGAUUCGAAUAUUAUUAGUCAAAAAUUGGAUUCUUAUGAAUCGAAAUACAAGAUGGAACAAAAAGAGAAAGGCGACGAACCUAAGGAUAUUUCGCCUUCCGAAAAGAAAUUUAUUACCGACACUUUGCAAAAGGAACGAACAGGUAAAAUUUGGUAUUAA